AUUCAUAUUUUUUUAAUUAAUUCUGGUUUCGCUUUCAAAUCUCGGCUCAUAUUGCAACAACAACUUUACAAAUUCUGCCCAUUAAGUGUUUUUAAAUAAAGUCCCAUAUUCUAAAUGGAAGUUAGUACGCAUUAAAGCUUUAAUCAUAUGUGCACAGCUUGAUUUGGUCAGUGUCGUCGCGGAGUGAUAAGAAAAAUAAAAGUCUCAUAUCAUCAGUGGGAAUAAAAUAGAGCACAGUAGCAGAAUUGAUAAGCUCUAGUUUUGAAGUGUCCCCCUUGUAUUAAUGGUUGAUAAUAAGUAUGGAUUGGUGGUGUCAGUCAAAGGUCUGGUCUAAUUGUUCUCUAGUAGUAGAAAAUCUUUUGUUAUUAACGUCAUGCCCAACAGUGGCCAAGUACAUUUAGAUUGUAUUUAGCCAUACAACUAGUUGGACGGCUUUUUGUGUUAACAUUUUACACACAUUCAUUCAUUGAAAGUGCAUCGGUUGUGCGCGAUAAUUACCUAAAACAUAAACGCUAAGCAAAGCUAAUUCUAGACAUUGUGUGUGAAUUGAGAAAACAAAAGUUGUGAAAUUGUGGAUAUAAAGCAAUAACAAAUUGAUUGUAAUAAGCAAAAAUCAUCGUCAUCGCUGAAAUGAGUGGUACAAAGAUUAAUCCAGACUUACAAAAGGAGAGGAACACAGCCACAUUUAACCCCGAUGAAUUUACAGUGUGGUGGAAUGGUGGACCCAAAAAAUACGAACAGAUCAAAGCUUUGGAACAAAAUUUUCUCAAUGAUCCCGAACUGAAGGAUGACUUACCCAUAUCAUACAUGUCACACAAAGAACACUAUGAGCAUAGUGUUCGUAAAGCCGUACGGAUAGCGGAAAAAAUUCGAGAAAUUCGUAACAACGGGGAAGAUAAUGUUGAAACCUACAAUGCUCUUUUGGGUGGCUCUCUGGGUACUGCUCUGCUCAAAGAAGGCAAUCCCAUGUCUUUGCAUUUUGUUAUGUUCGUUCCAACAAUUAUGGGUCAAGGUACAGUCGAUCAGCAAGUGGAAUGGCUGCCAAAGGCUUGGGAUUGUUCGAUUAUUGGUACAUAUGCCCAAACGGAAUUGGGUCAUGGCACAUUCUUGCGUGGUUUGGAGACACGUGCCGAUUAUGAUGUUAAAACACAAGAAUUUGUAUUGAAUUCACCAACACUCACAUCGUACAAAUGGUGGCCAGGAGGAUUGGGUCACACUGCAAACUAUGCUGUCGUUGUUGCCCAACUUUACACCAAGGGCGAAUUCCGUGGUCUAGCUCCCUUCAUAGUUCAAGUGCGUGACGAAGAAACACAUAUGCCUAUGCCCGGUAUUGAUAUUGGUGAAAUUGGUUCCAAACUCAGCAUGAAAUCCGUCAAUCAAGGCUAUUUGGGCUUCAAAAAUGUGCGCGUACCUCUCAACAAUAUGUUAAUGAAGAACCAACAAGUUUUACCUGAUGGCACCUAUGUACCACCCAAGACAUCAGUGCUGACCUAUGGUACCAUGAUGUUUGUGCGUGUUGCCUUAAUACGUGAUGCUGCCAUGGCCUUGGCCAAAGCCUCAACUAUUGCCUGCCGUUACUCUGCCGUGCGUCGCCAAAGUCCCAUAGAUCCCAAUGAGCCGGAACCCCAAAUUAUGGAACAUACAAUACAACAGCUGAAAGUAUUUCCCAUUAUUGCCAAGGCCAUAGUGUUCAAGGCGAACGGCGAAAAUAUAUGGAAUAUGUACAAUAAUAUUUCGGAUGAAAUCGAAAAGGGAGCACUGGAACGACUGCCCGAAAUGCAUGCUCUCUCCUGUUGCCUGAAGGCCAUCUGUAGUUCAGAUUCGGCAGCUGGUAUUGAGGUGUGCCGUUUGUCAUGCGGUGGUCAUGGCUUCAUGGAUUGUUCCAAUUUCCCCACACUCUAUGGCAUGGCCACAGCUGUUUGCACCUAUGAGGGUGAAAAUACGGUGAUGUUGUUGCAGACUGCUCGUUAUUUAGUUAAGGUUUACGGUCAAGCCCUGCAAGGUGUCAAACUGGUGCCCACUGUAGCCUACAUCAAUGAUGCCAUAAAUAAUAAGGAAUUCCAUAGAUUCGAUGGAUCAUUGGAAUCCAUUGUAAAGGCUUUCCAAUUUGUGGCAGCAAACAAAGUCCGCAUAGCCUAUGAGCGUAUGGAACAGCGCCGCAAGCAAGGCCAUGGUCCCGAAGUUAGUGCUAACCUGUGUGGCAUUGAAUUGACCCAAGCAGCAGAUCUUCAUGGACGGGCUUUCUUGGCCUCCUCUGCUUUGUUUGAAUUGAGAAAUCUUUCCUCCCAAGUAUCCCAAGCCUUGGGCGAUGUCUUGAAAGUUGUUUUGGAAUUAUAUUUGGUGGAUGCUUGCUUAAAUCGCCUAGGAGAUUUCUUGAGAUUCAUUAAUCUGACCGACAACGAUGUUAGCCAACUGGAAUUGCGCUUACAAAGUUGCCUGAAACGUCUCAGACCCAAUGCUGUGGCAAUGGUCGAUGCCUUUGGCAUUCAUGAUCGUAUUUUAGACUCAGCUUUAGGUGUUUUCGAUGGCAAUGUCUAUGAGAAAAUGUUUGAGGAAGCCAAGAAGAGUCCUUUGAACAAGGAACCCGUCAAUCAAUCAUUCCACAAGUAUUUGAAGCCAUUCAUGCGAGCAAAUUUGUAAAUGUCCAUAUACAUUUAAAUUUCCAUUUCCAUUUGUAGUAGUCCAUGAGUAUUAUGUAUGUAAUCAAUGUAAUUAAUGUAAAUAAUCGUUGACUAUAAUUUUUUUUUACAUUGUUUUAGCGGUUGUUGUUACAUAUAUACCUAUUUUUAAUGAAUAAAAUAAUUUACGUUUUUUUACAAAUAA